AUGCCAAGCGUGUUCUGUCAUCCCAGUAGCUUGGGAACAAAUCGAGAGCAGAAAGAAGCUAGGGACGAAUCAAUCAACGUCCAGCCGCCUCGGGCCAACCUUGGCAACACCGUCGUCCUUCCGUACAGUGAGGAAGAAGAUGCCGUCUGGUACCGUGCCACGGACUGGGCUCCGCCCACGCCGGCCGCCGUACCUGUUCCGGCUCCACGAUGCCUUUAG